UGUGUAGGUGGGAUAAAGGGAGAGCAAGAACACCCAAAACCAAAGAUGGCGAUUCAAGUUUCUCAAUCUCAACUAUUUCUCUUGGUUCUAAUAGUCCUAGUCAAUUUGUUGACUCAUAAUGGAGGCGUCAUUGCGAGUCAAAACUUAGCCUCAUUUAAUCGGAGCAGUUUCCCGGCUGAUUUUAUUUUCGGUGCAGCUUCUUCUGCUUAUCAGCAUGAAGGUGGAGUAAAAGAAGGUGGUAGGGGCCCAAGCAUAUGGGAUACUUUCACCCAUCAACAUCCAGAUCGAAUCUUGGACCAUAGUAAUGGAGAUGUAGCGGUCGAUUCUUAUCAUCGGUACAAGGAAGAUGUAAGUAUAAUGAAGGAAAUGGGUAUGGAUGCUUACAGAUUUUCCAUUUCAUGGUCAAGGCUUUUACCUCAUGGACAGCUAGGUCAUGGAGUAAGUAGGGUAGGCAUACAAUACUAUAACAACCUCAUCAAUGAGCUUCAAUCCAACGGUAUCGAGCCCUAUGUGACUUUGUUUCAUUGGGAUACACCCCAAUCCUUGGAAGACAAAUAUGGUGGUUUCUUGAGUCCAAAAAUUAUUGACGAUUUCCGAGACUUUGCGGAUCUUUGUUUCCAAAAAUUCGGUGAUCGAGUGAAGAAUUGGAUCACUUUAAAUGAGCCAUCGUCCUAUGUUAUGGGCUAUAAAAAUGCAAACCGUGCACCGGGCCGAUGUUCCAAAUCUAUGGGAAAUUGUUCUGCUGGGAAUUCUACUACCGAGCCUUACUUGGUAGCGCACCACCUACUUCUUGCUCAUGCAACCGCAGUGAAACGGUACAAGGAUCAGUAUCAGGGUACUCAAAAGGGUAAGAUUGGUAUAACAAUAAACUCACACUGGAUGGUGCCUUUUACUGAUCACCCUGCUGAUGUUGCUGCAACUCAGAGAGCACUUGAUUUCAUGUAUGGAUGGUUUGUCAGCCCUGUAACUCACGGUUAUUAUCCUGAGAGCAUGAGAUCUAAAGUGAAAAAUCGCUUGCCAAGUUUUUCAAAGAAGGAAAUGCACAUGCUUAAAGGAUCAUUCGACUUCCUAGGAAUCAAUUACUAUACAGCUUUUUAUGUGAAUAACAAUGACACUUGCACCUCCAUUUAUAAUCCAGAUUCUUGUGCUAAUCUCAUACCGGAGAAAAAUGGGAUCCCCAUUGGUCCAAGUACUGGUUCAUUUUGGCUCCAUGUAUAUCCUCGAGGAAUAUGGGAGUUGUUGACUUAUACUAAGAAUGAAUAUAACAAUCCUGAAAUUUACAUUACUGAGAAUGGAGUAUCGGAUUUCAAUAACAGUACACUUACAUUAGAAGAAGCUCUAGCGGAUAAACACAGAAUUGAUUCCUACAAUCUCCAUCUUCAGUUUGUCAACAAAGCCAUCAAAAAUGGUGUAAAUGUGAAAGGAUUCUUUGCAUGGUCAUUGCUCGACAACUUUGAGUGGAAUUCUGGAUACACAGUUCGGUUCGGCAUGAACUACGUAGAUUACAAAGAUGGGCUGAAGAGAUACCCAAAACACUCCGCCAUUUGGUUCAAGAAGUUCCUCCAAAGAACUCCAAAGACAGUUUUAAAUGUCAAUAGAGCCCAGUAAGUUGGGCUCGGGCAGAUGACUCAGUGAUCGAUCUUAAGCGUGAAUCGUUUGACCUAAUUUCAUUUUGGGCAUUCU